AUGACGAAUAUCUUAAAACCACACGACCGAAAACGCCCUGUAUUCAACUUUCAGGACGAGGAUGACGAGGAUGGCAAUUUCACUUUUGAACCAUUGACCAAGGAUGCUGUGGAUCGCGCUGCUUUUAUUGCCCCCAACUUUGACACCGAUCGCUUCCUCGCUAGCAGACGCCAUUUGGGACUCGAACGUCUCAAGGUCGAAUUCAACAACCACCUCAAAUUCCUAAAGACCGAGCUCAUUGAACUUAUCAACCGCGAUUACCAAGACUUUAUCGACCUGUCAACCAACCUUAAAGGUGUGGAUAAAGCUAUCAGUAAUAUUCGUGGACCUUUGAAACGUAUGGAGCAUGAAGCACUGGACAUUCGCAUCAACUGCCAAUCAAGCAUUGAUCAACUCGAGUCGCAACUCCAGCAUCGUGCUGAAUUACGGGAAAAAAAGACAUGCUUGAAACUUAUGCUCAAUAUCCAUGAAUCGGUUACCAAAGUGGAGGAUUUAUUGGAGAUCAACACAGAUACCCCGGCUAUUUCGGUGACAAGUGAUGAAAGUUUGGGAAAGCAAAUCGAACGCGUCGCCAUCGAGUACAACCAAAUGCAGCAUUUAGUGAAACGAGGCAAACACUUACCGUUUAUGGCUGAAAAUGAAUGGCGUAUCACACGAAUCAAGGACACUUUGCAGAGCAAGCUGUCAAGGACGUUGGAAUCAGCUUUACGACAACUACAGGAGGGCCAACCCAAUGAUUCCACAAAGCAAUCUUUGAUCCAGUGCUUGCGAACCUAUGCGUUGAUUGAUCAGACACAAGUGGCUGAAUGGCUAAUUCGAGAGCAAUUUGUGCGUCCAUUUGUUGAAAAGACUAUCACGCAUGAUGCUCUUGCUGAUUUGACGACCAUGUACAGUAAAUUGUUAUCAUUUGCCUCUGGUGAUCUACAACCUAUAUUGGACAUUACGCAAAAGAAUCUAAAGGGCACCACUUAUGAAAUUCUCGUCAAUUCAUUCUGGGUCGAAGUCAUUGAUCGUUUAAAUCGGCAUGGCAGCAGCAUUUAUGCCCCUGGACAAACCGAUUCUUUCCACAAGAGUUAUACGGCAUCCAUUUCUUUUGUAUCCAGCAUUGAGAAUAUAUGCACUUCCAGAAAAUCGUUGAUCUGCUUGAGGAGCCAUCCCCGCUAUUCAGAAUUCAUGAAACGGUGGCAAUUGCCCGUCUAUUUCCAAUUAAGAUUUCGAGAGAUUGUCAAGAAUGUCGAGGAUUUAUUGAACAACCCAACUGGUAGUACAGUCAUACAGCAACCCCCUUCUUCUUCCUCAGGUGGUGGUGGCGAUUCAGGCGAAAGUUAUCACUUGGCCUUUGCUGCAACGAGAGCCAUUUCACAGGCGAUUGAAAAGUGUUGGAGCGACCAUAUAUUUUUGUACAGUCUUUCCCAUCGCUUUUGGAAGCUCACUCUACAGCUCACCAAGCGAUAUUCAAUAUGGGCAACAGGUAUUCUACAACAUAUUUUGGGAGCUGAUAAGACAAAUCAAGGAAAAGCAACGAACCCAUCCAAACCUUCAAACAAUGACGAAUCGAUAUCAACUUCACAAUUGGUCAUCCUUUCUCAUGAUGUGGAUGCUUUUAUCCAAGAGGUGAAAAGCCGUAUCACCAAGACAAUAGCACCAAAGUUGCCUGAUGUGGAUUUGUCCAUGUUGAGAGAAAGCAUGGAUACCAUUUUGGAUGAGUUGGCCAUGGCAACGGUUGCCGAGAUCCAGUUUCGAGUUGUUCGCAUUGUGAGUCGGCGAUGCAGUGAAGCUUUGAACCAUGUGCCUGAUAUCAGUGGCCAAUAUCGUUAUACCAACAAACCACCACCCACCGAACCAUCACCUUUCAUAUCCAAGAUCUUUCAACCCUAUUCCGAAUUUACCGAGCAAAACACGACAUGGAUUGACAGCGAUAAGCAGGAGCUUUGGGGUCGUUUGAUUGCCGAAAAUGUCGUCAACCGAUACAUGACCAGCAUCAGUGAUUUAUUGACCAGCUUACGGAAGAUGGAGAAUUCACUCAAAAAGAUCAAAAAGAGCAAAAAGUCCGCCCAAUCAUCCUCCUCCUUGCUGAACCAACAACCAGGACGCACCAUGUCAGAUGAAGACAAGAUUCGUUUGCAGAUUCUUUUAGACGUACGCCAACUCGGAGAAGAGUUAUCAUCCCUUUCCAUAGAUAAACAUGCUUUCAAGUUGUACGGCAAAUUGUACGAAAUCGUAAAGCCAUUUGAAUCAUUGGAGGCCGGACCACCUGAUUCUUCCUAA